UGUUCCGCUGCGGUUAUACUCGUAAAAAGUAUAUUUUUCAGGUGGGAUUAAAAUAUUUUUCAAUUCAGGCUUUGUCGGUGUGUCGUCUGGGAAAUUUGGCACUCCCGAACUUUGCAGGCAGCUCAUCAAGCUGUUGGGGGCACACUGAUAAGAGAGAGUCCAGCGACCGAAAAUGGAAAUGGAAAUUGAAGCAGAAGAAGAGCAAGUCCAGAUGGAGCCGCCCAAAAUUCACCGCCUAGACGAUUCUGUAGUGAACCGAAUCGCCGCCGGCGAGGUUAUCCAACGCCCUGUCUCCGCCGUCAAAGAGCUCGUUGAGAACAGUCUCGACGCCUGCUCCUCCUCCAUAAACGUCGUCGUCAAGGACGGCGGCCUCAAGCUCAUCCAAGUCUCCGAUGACGGCCACGGCAUCCGCUAUGAGGACUUGCCCAUACUCUGUGAGCGGCACACGACGUCGAAAUUGUCGACGUUUGAGGAUUUGCAAUCGAUAAAGUCGAUGGGGUUUAGAGGAGAAGCACUUGCGAGCAUGACUUAUGUAGCUCAUGUUACUGUGACAACGAUUACCAAGGGCCAGUUGCAUGGUUAUAGGGUAUCUUAUAAAGAUGGAGUCAUGGAGCACGAACCAAAGGCGUGCGCUGCUGUAAAAGGAACUCAGAUAAUGGUUGAAAAUUUAUUCUAUAACAUGACUGCUCGGAGGAAGACACUGCAAAAUUCUGCUGAUGAUUAUUCAAAGAUUGUAGAUGUGUUAAGCCGGUUUGCCAUUCAUCAUAUGAAUGUUAGCUUCUCCUGCAGAAAACAUGGAGCUGCUAGAGCAGAUGUUAAUUCUGUUGCCACAAUAUCAAGGAUUGAUGCAAUUCGUUCAGUUUAUGGGGUGUCAGUUGCUCGCUGUCUGAUGAAGGUAGAAGCUUUGGAUAAAGAUCCUUCUAGCUCAGUUUUCCAGAUGGAGGGGUUUAUCUCCAAUUCCAAUUAUGUAGCGAAGAAGAUAACCAUGGUGCUUUUUAUAAAUGACAGAUUGGUGGAUUGUACUGCAUUGAAGAGAGCUCUAGAAAUUGUUUAUGCUGCAACAUUGCCAAAAGCAUCAAAACCCUUCAUAUACAUGGCAAUUAUAUUACCACCUGAACAUGUUGAUGUCAACGUUCACCCAACGAAGAGAGAGGUAAGCCUUCUGAAUCAGGAAAUCAUCAUUGAAAAGAUACAGUCGGUGGUUGAAUCAAGGUUGAGAAGCUCCAAUGAGACACAAACAUUUCAGGAACAGGCAGUCAAACCAACUCCAUCCUGCCAAAUGGUUUCAAGCAAUGAUUCAAAUCGGAACCCCUCACCAUCUGGGUCAAAAUUACAAAAGGUACCAGUGCAUAAAAUGGUUAGAACAGAUUCAUCGGAUCCUGCUGGAAGGUUGCAUGUUUACUUGCAACCAGAAUCUUGUGGCCAUCUUGAAAGGAAUACUAGCUUGACUGCUAUUAGAUCUUCUGUUAGACAAAGAAGAAAUCCGAAGGAAACUGCUGAUCUGACCAGCCUUCAGGAGCUUAUAGAUGAAAUUGAUCGCAAUUGUCAUUCUGGUCUUCUGGACAUUGUGAGACACUGCACCUAUAUUGGAAUGGCAGAUGACGUCUUUGCAUUGCUUCAGCAUGAUACUCAUCUUUACCUUGCAAAUGUAGUGAACUUGAGCAAAGAGCUCAUGUACCAGCAAGUUCUGCGUCGGUUUGCCCAUUUUAAUGCUAUACAAAUAAGUGAGCCAGCCCCAGUGAAGGAGUUGAUCGUGUUGGCACUAAAAGAGGGCAAUUUAGAUCCAGAAUGCAGUGAGAAUGUUGAGCUGAACGAGAAGAUUGCAGAGAUGAACAUGGAACUACUCAAGCAAAAGGCUGAUAUGAUAGAGGAGUACUUUUGCAUUCAUAUAGAUAAAGAUGGAAAUUUGUCUAGGCUUCCAGUUAUACUUGAUCAAUACACACCUGACAUGGAUCGUGUCCCUGAAUUUGUGCUUUGUUUGGGCAACGACGUUGACUGGGAGGAGGAAAAAAAAUGCCUUCAAGUAAUUUCAGCUGCACUUGGAAACUUCUAUGCCAUGCAUCCUCCUAUGUUGCCCAACCCAUCUGGUGAUGGCUUGCAAUUUUACCAAAAGAGAAAACCUUUCAGGAAUCCUGAAGAAAGGCUUUCUUGCAGUACUGGAGAUGAUGUCAUGACAGAAAAUGAAAUCGAGCAUGAACUAGUUGCAGAGGCAGAGACUGCAUGGGCCCAGCGCGAGUGGUCUAUCCAGCAUGUUUUGUUUCCAUCAAUGAGGCUCUUUUUCAAGCCACCAAAUUCUAUGGCUACAAAUGGAACAUUUGUCCGGGUAGCUUCACUCGAGAAACUAUACAGGAUUUUUGAAAGAUGCUAAUGCCACUGAUCAGCGUCAUGACAGAAGAUGGUGCAGAGGAGGGUCAUGUUUACAGGCUCAUGCGUUCAGCUUACUUUCAAUGCACUACAUGGUUCCUUAUGCUCACUGUAAUUGGUUUUGUACAGGACUCUGGGUUUGGUGAUAUUAAAAUUUUGUGAGAAAACCAGUCAGGAGCAUUGUUUUCCCUUCAAAGUGGUGUAUAUUAUAAUUAGUUUAAAAUCUAUAAAAAUCCUUUUUGAGUUUUGACAGUGGCGUU